AGACGGUACCCGGAGCGGAGCGAGCCAGAAGGGAGCAUGGUCCCCGCGCCGCGGCCGCGCCAGCCCCCGCGUCGCCGCCGCCGUCCCCGCCACAGCGGAUCUAGCUCCAGCUCCAGCCCCAGCCCCAGCCCCAGCCCCGGCCCCGGCUCCGCAGCGCCCGUCCGCAGUCCCGGCGGCUGCCGCGCCUGAGCGCAGCCCCCGCCCGGAGCCGGAGCCGCAAGCCCGGAGCCAGCCCCAGCCCCGCGGCCGCCGCGGCUGCGGGGAGAGGGCGGGGGCGAUGCUGCCGGAGCCGCCGCCGCCGCCGCCGCCUCGAUGAGAGCCGCGCUGCACCGCGCAUAGCCGCACAGGCUGACAGGCAGAAGGACCGACUUCCCUCUCCCAGGCAUCCUUCCUGGGCUGCCGGGAGGCGGCGGCGGCGGAGGAGGAGGAGGAGGAGGAGGAGGAACGCGGGGAGAAGGCGGAGAGCAGGAACGCGAGGAGGAGGAGGAGGACCUGGAUCCGCUUCCCCCGGCCAGGACCCGAGCGGCCCCAGCCACCGCUACCCGCCGGCGCCGUCCGCUCUCCAUCAGCCCUCCUGCGCCCACCGGCGACCCCGGGCUCUCUGCGCGUCGGGCCGGGGCCGGAGCGGCGCGGCCGGAGACUGUCUGGCUUCCUGGUGAUGCUCACACUUUGCUAAGUGUUGGUGGCCAUCGAGGUUUUCGCAUCCUGGGGACGAAUCCUGAGCUUGCCAGAGACGGGUGGCGCAAGGUCCGGGCUCUGUUUCCCUGGGAGAAGCCGCCUCGGCCCACCGAGAUGUCCCGGCACCACAGCCGCUUCGAAAGAGAUUACCGGGUGGGCUGGGACCGCCGCGAGUGGAGCGUCAACGGGACGCAUGGGACCACCAGCAUCUGCAGCGUCACCUCGGGGGCCGGUGGCGGCACAGCCAGCAGCCUCAGCGCCCGGCCCGGCCUCCUGCCGCUGCCCGUGGUGCCCUCCCGGCUGCCCACCCCCGCCACAGCUCCUGCUCCCUGCACCACUGGCAGCAGUGAGGCCAUCACCAGCCUCGUGGCCAGCUCUGCCUCUGCGGUCACCACCAAGGCUCCCGGCAUCUCCAAGGCGGACAAUCAGUCCCAGGGACUGGCGACCAGCAUCCGGUGGGGGCAGACGCCCAUCAAUCAAUCCACACCCUGGGACACCGAUGAGCCACCCUCCAAACAGAUGAGGGAGAGUGACAAUCCAGGCACAGGGCCAUGGGUGACCACGGUGGCCGCCGGGAACCAGCCCACCCUGAUCGCACACUCCUAUGGAGUGGCCCAGCCUCCCACCUUCAGCCCGGCUGUGAACGUCCAGGCCCCGGUCGUUGGGGUGACCCCCUCACUGCCUCCCCACGUGGGGCCCCAGCUCCCGCUGAUGCCAGGCCACUACUCGCUCCCUCAGCCACCCUCUCAGCCACUGAGCAGCGUGGUGGUCAACAUGCCUGCCCAGGCCCUGUAUGCCAGCCCUCAGCCCCUGGCCGUGUCCACUCUGCCCGGUGUAGGGCAGGUGGCCCGCCCAGGACCCACCGCUGUGGGCAACGGCCACAUGGCAGGGCCCCUGCUGCCUCCACCGCCGCCGGCCCAGCCGUCCGCCACUCUCCCCAGCGGUGCCCCUGCCACCAAUGGGCCCCCCACAACCGACUCGGCCCACGGGCUGCAGAUGCUGCGGACCAUUGGCGUGGGGAAGUAUGAGUUCACCGACCCAGGGCACCCCAGAGAAAUGUUGAAGGAAUUGAACCAGCAACGCAGAGCGAAAGCGUUUACAGACCUGAAAAUUGUUGUUGAAGGCAGAGAGUUUGAAGUCCACCAAAAUGUUCUAGCUUCCUGCAGCUUGUAUUUCAAGGACCUGAUUCAAAGGUCCGUGCAAGACAGUGGCCAGGGUGGCCGGGAGAAGCUGGAGCUGGUCCUGUCGAACCUGCAGGCGGAUGUCCUGGAGUUGCUGCUGGAGUUUGUCUACACUGGCUCCCUGGUCAUCGACUCGGCCAAUGCCAAGACCCUGCUGGAGGCGGCCAGCAAGUUCCAGUUCCACACCUUCUGCAAAGUCUGCGUGUCCUUUCUCGAGAAGCAGCUGACGGCCAGCAACUGCCUGGGCGUGCUGGCCAUGGCUGAGGCCAUGCAGUGCAGCGAGCUCUACCACAUGGCCAAGGCCUUCGCGCUGCAGAUCUUCCCCGAGGUGGCUGCCCAGGAGGAGAUCCUCAGCAUCUCCAAGGACGACUUCAUUGCCUACGUCUCCAACGACAGCCUCAACACCAAGGCCGAGGAGCUGGUGUACGAGACGGUCAUCAAGUGGAUCAAGAAGGACCCCGCGACACGCACACAGUAUGCUGCUGAGCUCCUGGCUGUGGUCCGCCUCCCCUUCAUCCACCCCAGCUACCUGCUCAACGUGGUUGACAAUGAAGAGCUGAUCAAGUCAUCAGAAGCCUGCCGGGACCUGGUGAACGAGGCCAAACGCUACCAUAUGCUGCCCCAUGCUCGCCAGGAGAUGCAGACGCCCCGAACCCGGCCGCGCCUCUCCGCAGGUGUGGCUGAGGUCAUCGUCUUGGUUGGGGGCCGUCAGAUGGUGGGGAUGACCCAGCGCUCACUGGUGGCUGUCACCUGCUGGAACCCGCAGAACAACAAGUGGUACCCCUUGGCCUCGCUGCCUUUCUACGACCGCGAGUUCUUCAGUGUAGUGAGUGCCGGGGACAACAUCUACCUCUCAGGUGGGAUGGAAUCAGGGGUGACGCUGGCCGAUGUCUGGUGCUACAUGUCCCUGCUCGAUAACUGGAACCUCGUCUCCAGAAUGACAGUGCCCCGCUGUCGGCACAACAGCCUCGUCUAUGAUGGGAAGAUUUACACCCUCGGAGGACUUGGCGUGGCAGGCAACGUGGACCACGUGGAGAGGUACGACACCAUCACCAACCAAUGGGAGGCAGUGGCCCCUCUGCCCAAGGCAGUGCACUCUGCCGCAGCCACAGUGUGUGGCGGAAAGAUCUAUGUGUUUGGUGGGGUGAAUGAGGCAGGCCGAGCUGCGGGCGUCCUCCAGUCUUACAUUCCUCAGACCAACACGUGGAGCUUCAUCGAGUCCCCAAUGAUUGACAACAAGUAUGCCCCCGCUGUCACCCUCAAUGGCUUCGUUUUCAUCCUGGGCGGGGCUUAUGCCAGAGCCACCACCAUCUACGACCCUGAGAAAGGAAACAUUAAGGCGGGCCCAAACAUGAACCACUCUCGCCAGUUCUGCAGUGCCGUGGUGCUUGAUGGCAAGAUUUAUGCAACUGGAGGCAUUGUCAGCAGUGAGGGGCCCGCGCUGGGCAACAUGGAAGCCUACGAGCCCACAACCAAUACAUGGACCCUCCUCCCCCACAUGCCCUGCCCCGUGUUCAGACACGGCUGCGUUGUGAUCAAGAAAUACAUCCAAAGCGGCUGACGUCAGUAGAAAGCCCACAACAAGACUGUGGACAAGUCUGGUGAGGCAAGUGCCACACAAUGAUAAUUUUCCAGCGACACCAACAAGAAGCCAACAAAACACAAUCAAGGAACUCACUGCGUUCAACAUGUUGAAUACGCUCUACAUUGAAUGUAGGAAAUCAUCCUCGCCUUUGGGUGAGACAGUGGCAUCGCGCUCAGAGCAGCAGAAACCACGACCCCGCCGCCGGGCUGGCUGCCUCCUGCACUGGUGUUCGCUCUGAAUGGGGGUGCUCGCUCUGCCAGGUGCAAUAGUUUCACGUAUUUUUCAACUGGGAGACAGAAGCUGUUUUUUUCCUUCCUGCAGAGUAAGCUUGAUCCCUAAACAACCAUAGAUCUGUUAUCUUAUGACAGCACUAGGCAUCAGGCUCUCUUGGAAUAAGAUCAAAGUGUCCUUAUCACUUUGAUUCCUACUUUUGUUUUUUAACCAAUCUACACGUUCAGUGGCCGACAGAAAACAAGGGACAAUACUGUGCAUCACAAGGCCUAGGAGGCUGCCGGUCCCCACCGGGGCGGAAGAGAAGCCCAGCUGCCCACGCUGAGCAAGGGGUGGCAGCCACAGGACAGCCGGGGAGCAGGCACAGCUGUCCGUCCUUCACAGGUUUUUCUACUGUGUUUUUGCUGGAGAAGGACAAAGUGAUUGCGCUAGCUUUCUCUUACCCAGUAUGAAUUAUUUAGAUUUCUGAGGCAUUUUCUUGAUAAACAAAAAGGCUAUUUUUAAGUACUGAGAGGAGGAGGCCACAAGAGGGAUAAUGUGGGAAUUCCCAAAGCUCUUUGUAGGUAGUGCCAGAGGGGGGCAUUUGCUCUCAUUUUUCUAUGUGCAGAAUAGAGGAUCUCUCCUGGGGUGGGCAAUGCCCCCAUUUUAUUUUUAGAAAAAGUAACUCCCAGACAGCCCCAUAAAAGCUGUGCCUCGUGGAGGCAUUACCCAAGGAAGAAGAGUCUGUUCUAGAAGGAGCCCACUUCUGGCUCUGGACAGCGGCCCAGCUCCCUCCAUGAGGUCAAGCUGAGGACCCAGGCCAGUGGGAAGGGAAGGAGGGAGAAUAAGCAUCUAUAAAGCACAGGAGACUAUUUUUGAUAUUCAUAGCUAUAUAUUAAGGCACCUGCCGCAAGAGCUCUCAGGAUGGGGACAGCCUUCUUAGUCGAGCCAUGACAGCCAAGGCCCGAGGGCGUGAGCAGAAUCACUCUUCUUGUCACAUACGAACCUGAGAAAAGGGAAGCCAGGAGGGAGGUCACACCGUGGCUCAAAAGAGAAAGGCCCUCCCGCUAGUCCUUAGCCCCCCAAACCUCACACGGUAAACAGUUUCCAUUCCAGGGCAGGAAGAAUGCUGCCGCCACCGCCGCCACCACUGCGCUGUUGAGUCGAAGUUGGUACCAAAUACACAUUUACCACUUUUAUAUCUGGGAAGUCAACUUGCCAUCAUUUCAUGAUAACGACCAUUUAUAAGAGAAAAAGACAGGACACGCUUUCCAUCUUUCAGCAUUUGAUGACACAAAAUUCCAGUUCUAACGUUGGGCAUCAACUUCUAGCACUACAAGUGUGGCUCCCACUUGGACGAGAUAAACCGAGCUUCGUUAUGCAGUUUUUAAUAUUAUUUAUUAUUUUAAAAAGUAAUAAGCACAAAACUACAUACAUUGUAUGUCAUUUAAAGUAUUUAUGUCAAACAGGGUGCAAGUGUGAACCCAAGGACUGGAGCACAAAUUCCUAACUGCCUGGGGCAGGGCUAAUGUUAGCAUUGGUGUGCGUCUGCCUCCAAAGGAGGUUCUAGUGGUCAGCGAGACUCAACACAGAUGACAUUGAAAUUCCAUUUCUCUCCUCAUCUAUCACACUGGAGCAAAACUGGCUAUUUCUGUGAAUGAUAUAAAACAGGGUUCUCUGUAAUGGUAUUGUACAUAGUAUAUGUUUAUUGUUAAGUUCUUGUUAUAUUAUAAUAAAUAUAUUUAUAGAUCUAGACUUGGAA